CAGCGGAGGUAUAUAAACGAGACUGCAUAGUUCACUGAGUGAACUGGCUUAGAGGAAAAAUACCUGGUCCUCGAUAAAGCGCCUGUAACUCAAGAACAAGCUUCCAAACAUACAGUGCCCUGAACCCAGAUCCACGAUGCUGCCUGAAAUGCUCGCUCUGCCGGUGAGACAGUGCCUCUUUCGCUCCCGAUGGGGGACCGUUGCGCUCAUGGUGCUUCUCAUUCUUUCUACGACCGCGACAUGUGCGCACUGCACAACGGUAGAGCACGAUCUUCAUAUCGUUCACAACGUUGAUAACAGAAGUCCAGAAAUUGACCCGUUCUGGUACGUGGGACGCGGUGUCCGACCAAUCGGGCGGUUCGGCAAGCGGCAAAGCGGAGCGGGUCUGCAGCCGGUGGCUAACUCCCUCGCGCUCCUUCUGAGCACGCUCCGAAACAAGGAGAGCCUACGGGACGCACUCGCCAGCGAGGACUCGGACUGGUUACCGUGACAUGUUCCCGUGUCCACUUAUUAACUUUUCAUUUGGAUGUGUUGAAGAAAAUCACUUUUAAUCUCGGCCUCUUAGUUCUCAUGUCCUGAAUAUUUAUUUUAUUUAACUGAAACAGCGUGUACCUGUGCACAUGGCUAACGCAAUCUAUACUGAUAAAUAAACGGGUAAACAUACGUAAGCUUAUUUUGGUGGUAGCAGCAUGAUCUGUGCUGUAAAUGUAUUUUACAUGCUGUAACAAUAGUUUCAAAAAAGAAAUGCUUGAAAAUCAGUCUGUCGAAGUCAACACCAGCAACCUUAAGCAGUUCUUAGGUAUGCGAACUUUAUUCAUAUACAGUAGGAUGCGUUGUCUCAAUCAAAACAAUUAUGGCACAUGGAAGUCAGUGUGAACACAUUUUUUUUUAAAUCCUGCUGAAUCGUCAUGACAUUUAAUGUCACAAAAUGGUUGAGAAAGUGGCGAGAGGGAGUGCAUUGUCUAGUUUUCAGCUCUAGCUCCCUUCUCCUUUAAAAACACAAGAUGAGCUGUUACCGUCACAAACCGUACACGUAUGCCGCACAAGAUAUUUCACCCUUGUAUGUGGUUUUUUUUUUAUUAACAAAUUCUUAAAUAAUACUUUCAUCUUUUUAUAAUAGAAAAAUACAGGACAUUGUAAGUCAUCAACCUCUUGACUGUGCUUUUCUUCAAAAUUUGUACAUCUAUUUGAAACCAAACAUGCUUUUGUACACAGACACUGCCAUAGACAACAACUACCAGGACCCAUUUGAGAUGGUGGUGAAAACCUUCAAGUGUUAGCAGUAGUACUCCUCCAGAAAGUAGAGGAGAAAAACACGAUACUUGGGUUUGGGAUAGAGCCUCACAAUGCAUACCUACUCUUUUCUCUACUCUUGCAAAAAUAGUUAAAUACAGUCACUAAACAUGGAAUAGUGGAAUGUUAUUUCAAAUAUUUUUUAGGUAAAAAAAAAAACCCCAAAAAAAAACUAUGAUCUUCAGAAAAUCUCUCAUUGCAAAUGUGGAAGCUAAUAGCCCAAAUCAGUUCUUCCACAUUUGUGAUGGGCUUUGUCUGUUGGAGAUAAACAACACACAAAACCUAUCUCCAAUGGGCCAAAUCUGCCUGCCCCCCCCCACCUUACAAUGUGCUUAGAUCCACACUGCAAUACCAGGCUAAAUGCAACCUAGGCACAUUCCAGUGCACUUGGUGACAGAUACGUUAAAUAACACUGUGUAGUACACCAAGAUGGAUUGGUUGGUUUGACAGACCUCUGAGCAGAACAUAUAACUCUAUUACUGGUUUUGGGAGACCUCUUGCAGUGAAGUCACAGUAGCAAUCCAUGAAGCUAUUAGCCUAAUAUUAAGAUCGAAGCUAUGUAGAUUAUGCCACAUUAUCAUCAAAAACAAGAAUGCACAAACCAGUAAGGAUUACUUUGCAGGAGCUAAAUAUACAAUGUAGCACUACUGGUUUUAUGGCCUACUUCAUAUUCUUUGGAGAUAAGCCCCAAAAAUACCAUUUAGGUAGAUUAUUUGAGAAUAAAAAUGUGUAUGGCUUUAUAUGCAGUGUCUCAGUGUUUCAUAUCAUAUUGGUUCAAGCACACCACAGAUUCUACAAGGCAGAGAGAGAACAACUGACCACGCACUGAGCACUUUAAUGAGUAGCUCUCCAGUUAAAGCAUGAACUUAUACUGCUGCAAUAUUCAGCCAUCUGCUAGUCUGUCCAGCCUAAUGAAAGAAUCUUUGCGUAGCAAAGUCAAGAGGACUCAUGGAUCAAAUGAGAGGGGUGCUUCUAAUUUGAGGCAGUUGAAGAUUAUGGUAAUUGGCAUACACACUUCAUAGAUCACAAGAGCACCUGGCUUGAUUUAGAUACUGUUGUGGAAAAUACUGAUAAGCACACGCGCGCACACACACACACACACACACAAAGAUAGAUACAGAUGGGUCACUGUGGGCCAAUAUGUGUAUUGUCGAUGGAAUGGGAGAGAAUAUUCACACCAUGCACACACCCACACCCAAGCUCACCCCAACCUCCUCCACCCACACACAAAUGCAUGAUGAUUGCUCAAAACGCUGAGUUUUCAUUUUUGUUCAUCUUCCUGGCUCUUCCAGGAAUAUCACACAAACAGUUCACAAGUGAUGCCAACAUGUGGAUGCAAAGUGAAUUCAAUAUGAACCAUGUAAAUUAAAUUAUAUAUAUA